AUGAACAUCAAGUCGUCGUCCUCGUUGUCUUCUACGGCAAAUGUUGAUACGGAAAAGCUCCAUAACCUUGUGGGCUUUUGGAUCCUUGGAUUCAUUAAUAAUAUUGGUUACGUCAUUAUGAUUGCAGGUGCACAGGAAAUUAUCGCAGGAGGUGUUGGUCUUGUCUAUUUAGUUGAUAUUUUUCCAGCUCUACUGAUCAAACUCUCGGGUCCUUAUUGGUUUCAGCUUGUAUCAUAUCGUUAUCGUACCAUUACAGGCUCCAUUUGGAUGUUUCUAAGCUUUCUUAUUGUUGCAAAAGGUAGCCAUUCCUUAUGGUUACAAUUACUAGGUGUUGCAUUCUCGGGAUUACAAUCAGGCAUGAUGGAAGCAAGUUUUCUUGCCAUGUCAUCGUUCUAUACAAGUCCUAUACGUUGUUUAACGUGUUGGUCAAGUGGGACGGGACUUGCUGGUGUUGGUGGCUAUGCGUGGGUUGCAAUGUUUCAUCUCUAUGCUGAUCUUAGUUUUCAAACGACACUGGAACUUGCCAUGAUAAUGUUUCCACUCUUGUACGUUCUUGUCUUCCUCUUUGUUCUAGAUACGUCAAAACUUCCUCCUGCAAGAACUUGUAGUUACAUGUCAAUUUCAGAGAAGGAUGGAGUGACAGAAACGGUCAUGGCAGUUGUCGAUCACACAAAAGAUCAGUAUCAACAAAAGAUGAAAGAGAUCAAGUGUGUUAAAAGUCGGGAAGAACCAUCAUCAUUUAUUGAUGCCUCAACAAUGCAGUAUAAGGAAAAGAUGAGAUUCAUAUUGACACUUGGACCGUACAUUAUCCCACUUACGAUGGUGUAUUGGGCCGAGUAUACCAUGCAAACGGGCGUCUGGUCGGCAAUUGGAUUUCCUGUUGAUAGUAAGGAAGCUCGAACUCAUUUUUAUGCGGCAGCAGGCUUCACGUACCAAGCUGGCGUCUUUAUUUCAAGAUCAUCAGGUGUACUUUUUCAGGCAACAAGGCCGAUAUUGUAUCUCAUGCCAGCAUUGCAAAUGGUAUUGCUAGGAUUUUUCACGAUUGUGGCGGCCACGCACUUUUGGUACAAUUGGGGGCUGCUGUUUGUGUGCUUUGUGGUUGGAUUGCUUGGUGGUGGCGUGUACGUGAAUGCGUAUACGUUGCUUUCAAAGGAGAUUCCAUUAAGCCAUGUAGAGCUAGCACUUGUGGCCGUGUCCGUUGGCGACACGGUUGGAGUCAUGUUUGCAGACUGUGCUGGUUUAUUCCUUCAGGGUUGCCUGUACUCCAUCAAUCAUCUUUCAGGCGCCUCAAUGAAUGUGGCUUGUUGA